AUGGUACUUCAGUUAGCAGAUCAGUCUACUGCUAAACCUGAAGGUGUCCUAGAAAAUAUCACAAUAACUAUAGACACAUGGGAUUAUCCAAUAGAUUUCUUGGUACUAAAGGCUAGGAGAAAAGUAUCAGGAUAUCCAAUUAUUCUUGGAAGGCUUUGGUUAGCAACUACUACAGAACUCAUAGAUUGUAGAUCAGGCAGUAUGACUAUUUCUAAUGGUCAUAAACAAAAGGAAUUAACACUUUAUCCUCCUACAAAACCAACAAUACAUUCUAAUACUCAUAAAUGGGUUGAUGAAGAUUUGGGCUCAAAAGAGGAUAUAAUUGUUGAACUAGCCAUGGUCACAUUAACUGAACAUGUUGAGGGAUAUGAAGACUAUGUGGAUAAGGGAGAAAAAUUCAAUACCACUAAGAAACCUUGUGAACAGAUUAGGGAAAAUUAUUUUCAAAAGAAAAGAAAGAUUGGAGGCAAAACUUUGAAUCAUCAUGAUCAGGAUACUUGUCCUUUAAAUACCCUUAUCAAAGAUCCAACUAAAGGGGAAAAUAAUACAAAGGAGAUUUUACUCUCAGCAAAUAAACCUCUUUUCAUUAAUUCAUCCUUGCCUAUAGAACAAGAAAAGGAGUUAAAACUUACUCUAGAAAAACAUAUAGAGGCAUUUGCAUGGGAAUAUAAGGACAUGAGAGGAAUUUGUCCUUAA